GGCCGGCGAGGGCAAAGUGGCCGCGGCGGCGGCGCCAUGCCCGGGCCGGAGUGAGCGCGCGGGCGAAGAUGGCGUACAUCCAGUUGGAACCAUUAAACGAGGGUUUUCUUUCUAGAAUCUCUGAUGUGCUGCUGUGCAGAUGGACCUGGCGGCUUUGCUGUCAGAAAUGUUACGAAUCCAGCUGCUGCCAGUCCAACGAGGAUGAAGUUGAAAUCCUGGGACCUUUCCCUGCCCAGACGCCUCCCUGGCUGGUGGCCAGCCGGAGCAGUGACAAAGAUGGCGACUCUGUCCACACAGCCAGCGACGUCCUGCUGACCCCACGGACCAAUUCCCCCGAUGGGCGCCGCUCCUCGUCUGACACAUCCCGAUCCACAUACAGCUUGACCAGGAGGAUUUCCAAUCUGGAUUCCAGACGCCCAAGCUCCCCACUCAUCGACAUCAAACCCAUCGAGUUUGGGGUGCUCAGCGCCAAGAAGGAACCCAUCCAGCCCUCGGUGCUCCGCCGGACUUACACCCCGGAUGAUUACUUCCGCAAGUUCGAGCCCCGCCUGUACUCCCUGGACUCCAGCGGUGGCGGCGAUGGUGGCGGGGAUGAUAUGGACUCGCUGACAGAUGAGGAGAUCCUGUCCAAGUACCAGCUGGGGAAACUCCACUUCAGCACGCAGUAUGACCUUCUGCACAACCACCUCACCGUGCGGGUGAUCGAGGCCCGGGACCUGCCUCUCCCCAUCUCCCACGACGGAUCUCGCCAGGACAUGGCCCACUCCAACCCCUACGUUAAGAUCUGCCUCCUGCCCGACCAGAAGAACUCCAAGCAGACGGGGGUCAAACGCAAGACCCAAAACCCCGUGUUCGAGGAGCGGUACACCUUCGACAUCCCCUUCCUGGAAGCCCAGCGGAGGACCCUGCUCCUCACGGCCCUGGAUUUUGAUAAGUUUUCCCGCCACUGUGUCAUCGGGAAAGUGUCCGUACCCCUGUGCGAUGUGGACCUGGUCAAGGGCGGGCAUUGGUGGAAGGCACUCAUCCCCAGUUCGCAGAAUGAAGUGGAGCUGGGGGAGCUGCUUCUGUCUCUGAAUUAUCUCCCAAGUGCUGGAAGACUGAACGUUGACAUCAUUCGAGCCAAGCAGCUUCUUCAGACAGAUGUGAGCCAAGGUUCAGACCCAUUUGUGAAAGUCCAGCUGGUACAUGGACUGAAGCUGGUGAAAACCAAGAAGACCUCCUUCUUAAGAGGUACCAUUGAUCCUUUCUACAAUGAGUCCUUCAGCUUCAAAGUUCCCCAGGAAGAACUGGAGAAUGCCAGCCUGGUGUUCACAGUGUUCGGCCACAAUGUGAAGAGCAGCAACGACUUCAUCGGAAGGAUCGUCAUUGGCCAGUACUCAUCCGGGCCCUCGGAAUCCAACCACUGGCGGCGGAUGCUGAACACCCACCGCACAGCCGUGGAACAGUGGCACAGCCUGCGGUCCCGGGCCGAGUGUGAUCGCGUGUCCCCGGCCUCCCUGGAGGUGACCUGAGGCCACAGAGAGGGCAGCUUCCCUGGUCAAUGGAGACGUGCAAUUACAGACACUGCCGUGUGUACAGUCAUGCUCCAGACUCUCCUGUGUACACACACGAUCUUGCAAACACACACCAGACACUCCUGUGUACACACACACCCGACCUUCCUGUGUACACGCAUUCACAAUCGUACAAACACACACACAGCAGAUACUCCUGUAUACACACAAUCAUACAAACACACCCACACACAUCAGACACUCCUGUGUCCACACCCUCUCACUCUUAUUCACAUACCAGACACUCCUAUGUACAUACACAGUAGAUACACCUAUAUAUGCAACCACACAAACUCACAAACACCAGACACUCCUUUGUACACGCCCCCCCACACACACACAUUGCAUCUUGUCAGAACUGAGAGAAAGCUAUUGACCACAAGAUGGCCUUCCUCUCUGAGGAAACUAUUGACCACAAGAUGGCCUUCCUCUCUGAGGAAACCAUUGACUACAAAAUGGCCGCCAUCUCUGAGGAAACUAUUGACUACAAAAUGGCUACCCUCACUGAAGGAGACCUAAGAACUUUCUGGAAGCUCUAUUCAUCUGUCAUGGAGCUGGGUGGGCUCUGCUGUGUGAUGUGUUUGCAGGGUCUGCUCACGCUCACACCCCUGUCCUAAAAUGCACUUUCAACCCUCAGGCCACAGAAAGGCGGCCUCCCAAAGAGAACUGUCCAAGGACUAACUAACUCUACCAAGGGUCUGGCCAGUCUGUGGGAGGCCUGGACCCUCAUGCCCCCAAACACACCGCCAAUGGGGCAACUUCUGAACAGGGGGGGUCUUCACACCUGAAACCUUUCCCCAAAGGUAUAAGUAUCUUUGUCUUCUCCUUAGUACCGGUGUUAAAUAGAUUAGACUAUGUGGAGAAACAAAAUGGUGACAAAAAAAAAAAAAUAAUCCAAUGUUAGAAACUUCUCCCAGCUUAACUGAAUGUGUCUUUGUGGUAGCUUAUUCCAAUCCAGGGGCUCCCUGUGGGGGCAUAUGUUUAUGCCCUCAUAUGUGUGUGUGUGUGUGUGUGUGUGUGUGUGUGUGUGUGUGUGUGUGUGUGUGUCCAUCACAGAUGAACGUGUGUGUCCUCUGGGGAGUUAGGAUCUCCACCUUGGGCCCCACUUCUCUCUCUGCCUUCAGUGAGAGUUCACCCAGUGUCCUCGCAUCUGUCAGAGACCCCCCCUCCACCUUGGAUAACAAUAAUAUAUGUAUAUGUUUGUAUCGCGUAUAUAGGGUAUGAUAGGGCAACAGUAACAUUUAGUGACUGAAUCACGGUGGCUGCGACCCACCAAGAACCUUGCCACCCAGUUUAAGAUGGCCACCACCCCCGUCCAUGGUGAUUUCCUCCUUAAUCACACUCUGAGGCUCGUUCGGUGUUUGUGUGUGAACCAGUUGUGUCUCACGUGCCAAGACCUUAGUGUAGGUACAAUAGAACUCUCUUUUCCCGAUGGAUGAUUCUGUGUCCUUCUCCACAGUGUAUUGUCUGGUGUGCUAGGGAGCUAUUUAUUGAAAUUAAAGA